UCAAAAUGUUACACUUCUUAUCUUAUUUCUUCCUAAUCUCUCUUUUCCUCUACAACAAUUGCAUUGCGCAUCACUACACAUUCAUUGUUAAGGAAGCUCCAUAUACAAAACUGUGUAGCACAAAGAAGAUUUUAACCGUUAAUGGUCUGUUUCCGGGACCGGUUUUAAAAGCUUACAAAGGAGACACCAUCUAUGUUACCGUUCGUAACCAAGCUAGCGAAAAUAUUACAAUGCAUUGGCAUGGUGUAGAGCAGCCGAGAAACCCGUGGUCAGAUGGUCCUGAAUACAUAACACAAUGCCCGAUUCGACCCGGGUCAGAAUUUACCUACAAAGUCAUAUUUUCCAUUGAAGACACGACAGUUUGGUGGCACGCGCAUAGCUCUUGGACACGUGCCACCGUACACGGUCUUAUUUUCAUAUAUCCCUGGCUCCCGGAAUCUCUCCCUUUUCUAAAGGCGGACCAUGAAGUCCCCUUAAUUUUGGGAGAGUGGUGGAAGCAGGAUGUGAGAGAGGUGGUGGAGGAGUUCAUAAGGACCGGAGGUGCUCCUAAUGUGUCUGAUGCUUUGACCAUCAAUGGACAUCCUGGUUUCUUGUAUCCUUGCUCUAAAUCAGAUACAUUCCAUCUCUUGGUAGAAGAGGGCAAAACCUAUCGCAUUAGGAUGGUAAACGCCGCGGUGAACCUUAUUCUCUUUUUCGCAAUCGCAAAUCACAACCUCACCGUGGUUGGGGCUGAUGGACACUACACAAAGCCUUUGAACGCUACUUAUAUAACCAUAUCCCCUGGUGAAACACUAGACUUGUUACUCAAAGCCGACCAAAACCCGAAAAAUACUUAUUACAUGGCGGCCAGAGCUUACCAAACGGGAAAUAUCGAAUUCAACAACUCAACCACUAUUGGAGUCUUGCGUUACAUCUCUUCAUCCAAAGCCGAAACGUUAAUGUUUUCAGGAAUUUACCCAAACCUUCCUUUUUACAAUGACACAUCCGCAGCUUUCGGCUUCUUUACCAAGAUCAAAAGCCUAUACUCAGGACAAGCUCCACCUCUUGUCUCGCGUAGGAUAGUCACGACGAUAUCAAUAAAUCUUCUCAGGUGUCCCCAAAACUCAUGUGCAGGUCCAAAUGGGUCAAGAUUAGCAGCCAGUAUGAACAACAUAUCAUUUGUCACACCUAGUCACGUGGACAUACUAAAAGCCUAUUACCUUCACAUUAAAGGCGUCUACGGGACGCGAUUUCCGGACAUUCCACCGUAUAUUUUCAAUUUCACCGCGGAAAACCAACCGCUAUUUUUACAAACCCCGAGGCUCGCGACCGAGGUAAAGGUUCUUGAGUUUGGGGAAGUGGUUGAGCUUGUUAUUCAAGGGACUAGUUUAGUUGGUGGUGGACUUGAUCAUCCUAUGCAUCUCCAUGGUUUUAGCUUCCAUGUUGUUGGAGUAGGGUUUGGGAAUUAUAACACAAGUGAUGAAGAUCCAUCCUCAACGUAUAAUCUCGACGACCCACCGUAUAAAAAUACAAUGACCGUGCCUAGGAAUGGUUGGAUCGCUAUUAGAUUCGCAGCUAUUAAUCCCGGGGUUUGGUUCAUGCACUGUCACUUCGAUAGACAUCAAACUUGGGGUAUGAAUGUUGUGUUCAUUGUUAAGAAUGGAAUAUGGCCAAAUCAGCAGCUUCUGCCUCCACCAGAUGAUCUGCCGCCUUGUCACUAAUAAUUUUAAUGUUACCAAUAUGCAAAUCAUUUGUGUUAUAUUGUAUUGUAUUUGUAUUGAUGUAAUAAAACUAGAUUUACUAAAACAGAACCCUGAUUUGUUUUUCUGAAAAUUA